AGAUUGGCAAAUCCUUUAUCUCUUUUUAUCAUAUUUGAUUUUGUAUAUCCAUCGCUUUCUAAUGACCUUUGAAAGCUGAAUAACAUAAAAUCUUUGUUUACUUCUCGACUGGUCUAAUCUCGUGGAAGUGUUUUUGUUAUUGUGUCUCAAAUUUUAUCAGAAAGAGUGUUAAAUGGUGAUGCAUAGAUUGGGUUGGCAAUACAGUUUUGUAUUUUGACUUUAACUGAUUUUCAAUGAUUCUAAUAUAUUAUAUGUCCCUAUUCUAGUGCUCUGAAUAGUUCAUAUAAUAUCGAAAGUCAUCGUGAAUAAUAAUUAUCAAGUGGAUUUGAAUUCUGUGGUGUGUUUUCCAUUAUGUAAUUGGAAGAUGAAAUUGACCUAGUUAAUUAAUUUCAUAACAAUGUGCAAUAGUGGUGGUGUGUAGUAUUACUUAUACACAAACAAAAUAAUAAACAUUGUAAGCGACACGUGGGCCUCAGUGAAUUAAAAUCGAUAAAGACGUAAGCGCGCGCCUGUGUACUAACGAGGCGAUUCUACGUCCAAGGUCAAUCUAUAUAAACACGUGCAAUGUCGGAUUCUAUUUACAAUCAUGACUUUCUUUUAGAUUCAAAUUUUGAGAUAAAACAGGAGUCGCCCUUCGAGCUGGGUACGAUGUCUGCUUCCGUGCCCAUUCCAAAUAGACGUUCAGAUUUUGGGGACUUGAAUUCAGAAUUUGAUCUUUGUUUACAAGAUACUCAAGGGGGUUCAUUUCAAAGUGUGCCCUCAUUGCAGUUCAACAAGUUUGCAUUUGAUGAUAAUAACACUAAACUUGAACCAUAUAAGAUGGAGGAUGAUGAUAUUUUCCAAGUAGACAAAGCAGAUUUAAUAUCUGGGCCAACACUAGCAGAGUUAAAUGCAAAUCCUGACACAUCCCUUGAUGAUUUGGACUUUGCAGAUUUGCUAAUGCCUGAAGAAUACUGUAUACAAAUAGGCGGUGCAAUGAGUGGUUCUAGAAAUGCAUUAAACUCAUUGCAGUCAGCUCCAAUGACCUCUGAAAGUCCAUGUAGUCCAUACAGUCGGGCUCAGCUGGCAUUUUCUCCAUCAAGUCAGCACAGUUCUGCUUCAUCGAGUUUUGCACAGCCAAUGAAUCAGUUGCCAGAACUGCUGCUGCGUAUGGAUGGUUACAGUGGAGAAAUUUCCUUGGGACAGUCAGUUCCAGCAUCUUCAGUAUUGCCACCUUUCCCUACCAGUGUAAAAACACAACAGUCAACACUCUCUUCAUCAGCACCAACACAUUUAACUAUGGAACAGAUAUGGCAGCGUCGUGAACCACGCAAGCAUCUAUUAUCGACCAGUUCUGUGGCUGAGGCUGGUUCUAUGUCUUCUUUAUCUGGUGGUAUCCUGAGUCCUGGGGCUGGAGAGUUCUCACAAGACGAAGAUGAUAGAGAUGAAUCCGAUGAAGAUAGUGACAGAUAUGAGGAUCUAUCUUCCGAUGAAUCGAAUGACGAGAGUACAGAAAAGAGAGAGGCUCGUCAGGCAGCUAAAAAGGAAAGGUACUUCUGGCAGUACAACGUCCAAGCGAAAGGCCCGAAGGGACAGAGACUGGUGCUGAAGAAGAAGUCAGAAGACCCACACGUAUUGAACUUGGUCACCGAUCCAGUUUUCAGCCCCAACUGUAACGUCAAAGGAAUUAAACACAGUGGUAAAGCAAGAAAAGGGGACGGGAACGACCUUACACCGAAUCCAAGGAAACUACAUCUCAUUGGUUUAGAAUUGGACAACUUAGGCAAAGUAAUUAACGACAUGAUACCGGUCAGCGAGUUGCCGUUCAAUGUCCGGCCAAAAACCAGAAAGGAGAAAAAUAAAUUGGCCUCACGCGCUUGUCGGCUUAAGAAGAAGGCGCAACACGAAGCCAAUAAACUGAAAUUGUAUGGAUUGCAACAGGAGCAUAAACGUUUAAUAAAUGGUAUUCACCAAAUGAAACAAGUGAUUGGGAACCGAGUGACGAACCCUGAGAGUAAUGUUGAAUGGAGCUCGCACCUUAAUAAUAUUGUCACCAAAGCCACUGAGGUGAAAAUAGCUGGCAAAACGUCGGAAUUCGUGAACGAAAUCCUCGAUAAAGUGCGAGCGGGACAGAACAAUGGCGGCCUUUACGAUAUUUAAGGCGCCUCACACACUAACGUAAGGCUGUUUAUGUACCUCCAAAGUUAUCUCUAAAACCUUGUCCAAGACAUUUUGUAUUAGUCAUUAGUUUCGAACGGCAACUAGCGAUUUAGGAAGGGUCUAUUGUAAUAACAUUCAACUUUUUAUAACAUUUAAGCAGACCGAUCGUAACAUAACCUAUCGAAAAUUUCAAUAAACUCUUUAAAAAAUGGUCUAAUAUUUAGAUUUUUUUUUCAAUAAAAUCACAGAUAACUUCGGUAUACUACAUUUUUAAAUUGAGUUAUUACAAUCGAACCAAUUUUGCCAUAAUCUAGGUAUUGAUAUAGAUAUAAGCGUAUUGUUAAACCAAAUAGUGGUUAAAAUUAGUUAUGUUUAAUACAUUUUAUUGCAUAGUUUAUUUUACUCAUAAAAA